CAGACCAGACAGAAGCGGGACAGAAAUUGAGGGUCUCCUACCAUAUAGGUUCUUCUACUCCAUAGGGUCUGGUACCUCCUGGGAUCCCCUACAGAAGUGAAGGGAGGGGACACAACUCUUUCUGCAGACAACCAUGGAAAUCCUCUCUGGCCUUAUCCUGUUCUUCAUCUUCCUGCUCACCCUCCUCUUCCUCUCCUCACUGUGGAAACAACAGAAGAGAUCUCUCCUCCUACCCCCAGGACCAACCCCAAUUCCUCUGCUGGGCACCCCCCAUUAUAUAACAUUUGAUACUAUGUGCAAAAACUUUCCUAAGCUUCAACAGAAAUAUGGCAAUAUGUUCACCAUCUGGCAACUGGACAACCCCAUUGUGAUUCUUUGUGGGUACAACACUGUAAAGGACGCUCUGAUCAACCAUGCAGAAGAGUUCAGCCAUCGUCCCACUUUUCCAAUUGGGGAUAAGCUCACAGAAGGAUACAAUUUUCAGAGUUCCGGCACCCACUGGCGCCACUUCCGUCAAUUCAUAUUGAUGACACUGAGGAACAUUGGUCUGGGGAAGAAGCCCCUAGAGGAAAGAAACUUCAUGGAGGCUGAGAAGCUUAUUGAGGCUAUAAAUCAAAUGGAAGGAAAGCCUUUCAACCCAAUCAUCCUGCUGGGAUGUGCAGUCUUCAACAUGAUGAGCUUUGUUUUAUUUGGACGACGUUUCGAGUACGAAGACAAGAAACUUCAUGAUUUGAUCUUAAACACAAGGAAUCAUAUAAAUAAUUUACUAUCCAGAACCUCUCAGAUCAUCAAUAUGUUUCCAAUAAUCCUGAAGCUUCCGAUUCUCUGGAAGAUCCACUGCAAAGACACUUUGAGCCUCCAGUCAUUUGUCCGGCAGCAGAUUCAUUCCCACAAGCAGACACUGGACAUCAACAACCCCAGGGAUUUUAUUGACUUCUUCCUCCUGAAGAUAAAAGAGGAGGAGGGGGACUCCAUUUUCUGUGACACCAGCCUGCACAUGUUUAUCACCGGCCUAUUGGCUGCAGGAACCGACACCACCACCUCCACCCUGAAGUACUGCCUGGUACAGAUUGCCCAGUUCCCAGACAUUCAGGUGAAGGUGCAGCAAGAGAUCGAUGAUGUGACGGGGUCCCGGCGCCCCCCAGAGUUGAGUGACCGGCCCCACUUGCCUUACACCAACGCUGUGAUUCAUGAGCUGCAGAGGCACUUGGAUCUGUCAUCUACGGCUUUCUAUCAUGCCCUCAGUAAAGACACGGAAUUCCAAGGAUUUACCCUCCAGAAGGGCACCCGAGUCAUCCCGUACCUCUCGUCGGUUCUGUUCGACCCAACCCAGUGGGAGACCCCAGAUGAGUUCAACCCGGGACAUUUUCUGGAUGAGAAUGGGCAGUUCCGGACAAAGACGGCUUUCAUGGUAUUUUCUGCAGGGAAGCGCGAGUGCCUGGGGGUGAAUUUGGCUCGGAUGGAGAUUUUCCUCUUCUUCUCGGCUCUGCUCCAGAAAUUCACCUUCUCCUCCGUCUCUGGCCAACGACUGAGCACCAGAUCCCCCAGACCCACCAAGUUUCACUUUAUAAUCACCUCCCAGAUUCAAGCUGUGCCGCGCACCCCUAACUCCGCCUGACCAGCAAUUAAUCAGUCCCCAGAUUCAGUAGCCAUAAGGGCCCCGGCACACAAGGAGGUUUGGUGAACGUAAUCAAUCUGCACAACCCUGGCCAACUCAUCUCCCCAAAAUGCUUCUCCCUUUACUCACAUUCAAUCACCACAUGCAAAACACUCUAUGGUAAUCCUGAGUAAUUGAGCACAAAUUCCAAACAUCACUAACGAUUAUGUCAGAUAACCAGGGAUUAUGUCAUUUUACCGGGGAUUACCUGGGAUUAUGUCAGAUUACCUGGGAUUAUGUCAUUUUACCUGGGAUUACCUGGGAUUAUGUCAGAUGGCCAGGGAUUACCUGUGAUUAUGUUGGAUUACUGGGGAUUAUGUCACAUAUCCUGGGAUUACCAGGGAUUACCUGCAAUAGCAAGAUAUAGUGUUUUGCAUGUGGUGAUUCAAAUAAAUGUUGUGCCUGUUAGAAAGACAUCUCUCACAUCUAUGUAGUCCUCUUCUCUAGUUCUAGUUCAAAGGGGAAGGAAUCAAGGCACAUUGGGAAUUGGAGGCUGAUUGUCCUUCUCAAUUGUGAUUGGGAGAUUCUGGCAAGAAUACUUCACAGUUUGGGUGCGGUGGUGGGUUCUCUUCUCUCUGAUUCUCAGUUCUGCUCGGUGGAAGGUAGAAGUAUAUUUGGUGCGGUUCUUUCACUAAGGGAAGCACUGGAGAGGCGCAAGGCUUGGCAAUGGGGUAAAUACAUUCUGUCCUUAGACCAGGCAAAGGCCUUUGAUAAAGUCAAUCAUGAGUAUCUAUGGGCUGCUUUGCUUAGAUACGGGAUUCCUGAAAAAAAUGGAAAUUGAAUUAGAGUUUUGUAUCACAGGGCAAAGAGCUUCCCACUGGACUUAUCGGUGAAGGCUGACGUGAGACAAAGAUGCCCUUUGAGUCUACUCUUGUUUGUUUUCUCACUGGAUCCCUUUUUGAGGAGACUGCAGGAUUGUGGGCUUGGGGUUUCCGUUGGAUCCUUUAAGUCAAUAGCCUACGUGGAUGAUGUUACUCUGGUGAUAUCAAAACCUGGGGAGGAGGGAAAAGGCUUUGGAAUGUAUCAGAAGAUACGCUGAGGCCUCACCAUCUCAUAUCAGCCAUGACAAGUUAGAAGAUUUUUGGUGUUUAGAUGGGGACUCAAGUUUUAGACUUGGGAAAUUCCCAGUGGCCCCAGGUUUAGUUAGAAUCUUGGGGAUCAACUUUAGGAAGGGAGAUCUUGUAAAGGUAAAUUGGAAAGAUAAACUGAAUGCUGGUCAAGCAAUGGUUCAGCAUUGAGGAAACGCUGGUGAGGAAACCAUGGAAGCUGAGAUAUAGAGAAAUGAUUGACAUCAAGACAUUUCCGCUUUUUCUCUUUGUUUCUUAUGUUUUCUUGUUGCCAGAAUCUUUCUAUCCCCGGAUCCAGAACCUGUUCUUCCAAAUGCUUUAGGGCAGUAGGCUCACAGCGCUACGCAAUAUGUUGGCGCUAUAUAAAUAAAUGUUAAUAAUAAUAGGCUCAACCCUGUACAAAGGGGAUCACGUUCCUGCAGAAGAAACAUAAUGUGUCCGGUGGUUUUCUUCUGCACCAUUUUUCUGAUGUUUUACUUCUUACUUACUCCUCUUAAAAAGUGGAGUGUCAGCUCUGAAGAUUUAAAAUCUUUGCACAGGAAAGUGUUAUAUUGGAGAUUUCUUCAUCUCCAUUUUAUAUCCCCAGUUGGAGUCAAAUUGCCCAAAGAAGACCAUUAAUUUCCUCAAGGACAGGACAUUGUCCAGGAAGAUUUGGGACACAGAGUGGUUUUCACUACAGGACAAGUUGUUAGUGAGGGGCAAUUUAAAAUAUCUAAAUAUUGUGGAGAGAGAGUGUCCGUGGGGAUAUAAAGUGGUGGAGUUUUAGGAGCACUUUGUUAGACUCCCCAGUUUGACUCUCUUUGAGGGAAAAAGUCGGUUGAAUUUGAGAAAACUGGAGUCCUCAUAUGGGGUUGUGAAGAGUCACUGAAGCUGGAGGGAGUAACAGAGCCCCCUGGUGUUAUCGUUGCACUAAUACGUUACUGUCUGUGGCACACGAGGUGCAGGGGGACCACCAGCCGGAUCCAGUCUGUAGAGUCUGUGACAGAGGAAUCUCUAGGGUUGAUACUUUCAUUAACACAAGUCGGGCUUUUCUGAGACACAUCAUUUUUUCUUCUGAAUUCAAUAUUUCACAUGUAACUGAUUGUAACAGGUCUCUGUUGAUUUGCUUUCUGCAAUUUGCAUAUUUUAAAUAAAAUUCCCUCUAAUGGCAAA